CAUUAUUACGCGAUUGAUAAUUUAUCGACAAUCAGCUGCUUUUUAUUUAUUUAUUUUUUUUUUCUCAAUUUCUUUUUACGUUCUUUUUUUUUAAUUUUUAUUUAUGGAGAAAAAUAAAAUUUAAUUUUAUAAUUAUUAUGUGAUUAAUUAUAUAUAUUAUUUAUAUUAUUUAAUAAAGGAGAAACAUCUUAAAAAUCAUGACUUCUAAAGUAAGAUCACCAUCUGAAUCAUCAAAAAGAUUUUCAAUGGCAGAAAAUAGUGCUAGACAGGGAAGUGUUUAUGACCUUGAUAUUGACAUGUUUUUAAAAAUAUCAAAUUACGAAGAUACAAUAAGACAAUUGGAUAUAUAUUAUGGAAUUGUUAAAAGACAAUUGUUAAAUCAUCAAAGCUGUAUAACUGGUUUAUUUCCUGAAGUAACAAGUGAUAAAAUAGUUGGCAGUGUUAAAGAUAGUAUAUAUUGUGCAGCAUCAAUAUGGAGUUUAUAUCAAGCAUAUCGUAGAAUUGAUGAUGAUCGUGGUAAAUCAUAUGAACUUGGACAAUCAGCAGUUAAAUGUAUGCGUGGAAUUUUGGAAUGUUGGAUAAAACAAUCAGAUAGAAUUGAAUUAUUUAAAUUAAAUCAAUGUAAUCGUUAUGCAUUACAUUGUAAAUUUAAUCUUGAUACUGGUGAUGAAAUAUACAAAGAUGAUGAUUUUUUUCAUUUACAAAUUGAUGUUGUAUCAUUAUAUUUAUUAUUUCUAGUACAAAUGAUAUCAUCUGGUUUACAAAUAAUAUAUACACAAGAUGAAGUUGCAUUUGUACAAAAUUUAGUAUAUUAUGUUGAACGUGCAUAUAGAACACCAGAUUAUGGUAUGUGGGAAAGAGGUAGUCGUUAUAAUGAUGGUACACCAGAAAUACAUGCAAGUUCAAUUGGCAUGGCUAAAAGUGCACUUGAAGCAAUAAAUGGUUGUAAUUUAUUUGGUGAUAAAGGUGCAUCAUGGUCUGUAAUAUAUGUUGAUAUUGAUGCACAUAAUCGUAAUCGUAGUAUAUUUGAAACAAUGUUACCACGUGAAUCAAGUUCAAAAAGUGUUGAUUCUGGUUUAUUAACAACAAUAUCAUUUCCAGCAUUUGCAACACAUGAAGAGCCACUUUAUAAUGAUACUAAAACAAAUAUUAUUAAUAAAUUAAAAGGACAUUAUGGAUAUAAAAGAUUUGGUAGAGAUGGAUAUAAAACAGUUAUUGAAGAUAAAACAAGAAGAUUUUAUAAAACUGGUGAAAUUAAAGAUUUUGAUAAAAUUGAAUGUGAAUGGCCCCUAUUUUAUAUAUUUAUGAUUAUUGAUGGUGUAUUUAAAUCAAUACCAGAACAAGUUGAAGAAUAUCAAAAUUUAUUAAAAAUAAGAAUACAUAAAGAUAAAUUUGGUGAUCCAAUAAUACCAAUGUAUUAUUAUGUACCAGAAAAUCAUAUUGAUGCUGAAAGACAAGAACCUGGUUCAACUUAUCGUGCAGCAAGUAAUAUUGGUAGUGCAAAUAAAACAUCAACAAUUAGUGACACUGAAUCAUCACCACUUUAUUUAUGGAAUCAAGCUAUGUUUAUUAUUGCACAGCUAUUAACUGCUGGACUUUUACAUAUCAAUGAACUUGAUCCAAUUAGAAGAUAUUUACCAUCUUACAAUCGACCAAGACGUACUGGAAGAUAUUCAGCUUUUCAAGGUACACAUUCAGAUUUGGUUGUUCAAAUUGUUUUAAUUGCUGAAUCAAUGAGACUUCAAGCAAUGAUGGCAACAUAUGGUAUACAAACUCAAACACCACAUGAAGUUGAACCAGUACAAAUAUUAUCAUCACUACAACUUAUUGAUGUUUAUCAAAAAUUAGGUAUUAAUAAAAAAUUGAAGCUUCAAGGUAGACCAGCACGUCCAAUUGGUUCACUUGGUACAAGUAAAGUAUAUCGUGUAUGUGGUAUGACAGUAUUAUGUUAUCCAUUAAUAUUUGAAGUAUCACAAUUUUAUUUAUAUCGUGAUAUGGCAUUAUUAAUUGAUGAUAUUAAAACUGAAUUAAAAUUUGUUGGUAAAUAUUGGCGUUUAUCUGGACGUCCAACAGUAUGUUUAUUAAUACGUGAAGAACACAUGAGAGAUCCACAAUUUAAAGAAAUGCUUGAUUUAUUUGCAAUGUUAAAAAAAGGUUAUUGUGAUGGUACUAAAGUUAGAAUUGGUCGUUUACAAAAUUUAAUAUCAUCAUCAUGUAUUGAACAUUUAGAUUUUGUUAGUCAUAUUGAAACUGAUAUUGAAUUAACACAAUUUAAACAAUUAAAACAUGAUUAUAUUGGCUAUCAAAGUUUAACAGAUGUACCACGUUCAUUGUCAUACAAUGAAGACACAACAAUUGAUUAUAAAAAAUUUAAAAAUGAUAAAAUAUAUAAUAUUAUAAAUGAGCUACGUUGUACAAAUGGUAUUUAUAAUAAAGCAAUAUUAUAUGGUAUAUUAUUACAACGUGAAGGACAAUAUUAUGAUAUAAAUGGUACAAAUGUUAUUGAUAAUUUAAAAUUAUUAUAUCAACAAGCUGGUAGUUUACGUUAUUGGAAAGCAGUUAGAUAUUGUAGUUCAUUAUUAAAUCAUACUGUUGAUAGUAUUAGUCCAUUUAUAACUGGUGUAUUAGUUAAAGGUAAACAAAUAACUGUUGGUGUUAUUGGACAUGAAGAAACAGUAUUUGAUAAACCAAUGACACCAGCUGAAAUACAAUCAGUUAUGUAUGAAAAAAUUCAACCACAUGAUAUUGUACAAGCUGUAUUACAACAAGAAGUUUUAUUAUAUUGUGGAAGAUUAAUUGGUACAAAUCCAGAUAUGUUUAAAGGUAUAUUAAAAAUAAGAAUUGGUUGGGUACUUGAAGCUAUUAAAUUAUAUUUAAUAAUGUCAAUUAAAAAUCCAAAACCAAUUGAAUGUUAUAGUCCAUAUGAAUUACGUAAAAUAUUAAUUAAAAUAUUAACUGUUAAAGAUUGGGAAAUUGAAGAAAAUUUAACAGUUAUUUGUCGUAGAAAAAUUGAGGGUAGUCUUUGUCGUGUACCAGCACAUUUUUAUAAUCAAGUUUGGGAAGUAUUAAUGAGAUGUCCAGGUGGUAUACGUGUUAAUGGACAAGAAUUACCACAACAACCAACAUUAACAAAUAUGUCAAGAUCUGAAUUAACAUUUUCAUUAUUAGUUGAAUCAAUAUUGAAUCAUAUACAAAUACCAGAAUAUCGUCAAAUUAUUGUUGAACUAUUAGAUAUUGUAUCAAUAAUAUUAUGUAGAAAUCCAGAGUUAAGUUUUAAAAGACAACUUGAUUUAAAUACACUUGUUGAAGAUGCAUAUAUUAUGUAUUGCAAAGAUAAUAAUUUAAUUCAAAAUGAUAAUAUGCAAGAAUUUUUUUCAAUGCAUUGUUCAGUUACUACUGGAUAUUUAGCAAGAGCUGUUGUUAAUAAUGUUUUAACUGGUGGUUGUAUGACGACAAUUAGUGAUACUGAUUUAGUACCAUCUGAUAACAAUGAAAUGUGCAAUAUAUCAUAGUUGAUUUUAUUAGAUUAUAGUUUUUUUUGUUUCGUAGAAAAAACGUGUGUGCCAAAAAAAAUAUAUAUUUAUUUGUGAUUUUAAAUUUUACAAAUGAUUGUUGAAUGUUAAAUAAAUAAUAUAUUAUGAA